UGCACUCGGAACCAUUAAACGUUUCAGGUUUGCGGACGGACGCGCAUUCACCCGGACGUUGUUACCACAGGCAGCCGCUGGCGUCGGAGUUUAUUUUUUCUCGAAUUAUUGCACGAAACCGUGACCUGAUGGUCAAAUGUGAAUACUACGGAAGAGCCCGUUCUUACAAAUCCAUCUUGUUCAGAUAACUACUAUCAACUACUAUCCGCGAGUUGUUCAUUUUAAGCUGCAUGAAAUCUCACCAGCCACUAACAUGUUUAGAGGAUUAGCAUUAAAGCCUCGUUUUGAUAACGCGCACCUGAUCGAAGACAAGCGUAUGAAGAAGAGGUUCUGUUCUCACUUCAACAAACCUGCUGCUUCGAGACACCUAACUAAAUGCAUGAUCUAAGCCAAGACUCUCUUGAAAUAGUUAACAAGGCGCCAGUCCGCUCUUGAGCUUUCCUCGCGAUGACGGAACGCUGUCCUUUGGCUGAGAAGGCGAUGUCGGAGGGCUACGCGCGGCUCCGCUUCAGGGACACGUCGCUGCUGGUUUGGCAGCAGCAGCAGCUGGAGCUGGAGAAAGGGCCUCCGACCAGUUACCUGAGCCGCAGUCAGAGCUCGUGCUACAGCCAGUACGGCAACCAGGCAGUUGUGGUACGGGACAAAACAAGACUGAAAGACUCCGAUAGCACUGGACAAUCCCGGAUUUGCGCUGUUAUGUGAUCGUGAUAUUCCUCUCAUGACUGAUGAUACGCUUCACACAUAUUUGUCAAGUCAACAGUACUGUGAUCUGUCCACAUAUCAUUGUUCAGAAAGUAUGGUGCUCGUGCUUACAAUGAGAUUUAUGAACAAUGCAUCAAACAGUAUCUUGAACAUGUAUGCAGUGUAGAUGGAGGACCAUUACCUGUUUAUUAGAGUUACUAUCAGUACUAAAGCUCAGUUUAACCAACUGAAAAUCUUAAUUUGAACCAAGAUUCAAAAUGAGCACGUAUUUCAUUAUACUGGAUAUCCCAAUUGAACAAACUACUAAUUAGUCAAGAUAUGUUAAUCACUGGUUGCAGUGUUUUUCAGUGGCAAAAUAUAAAGUAUCUACCAAUCUCUGACUCUAGGCUACAUUAUGCAUUACACGAGUGGCCCAGUGAUUUAUAGUUUAAUAUAUAUGUAUUAACCACUACAAUUUUGUAAUGUGAAUGGUACUUUGUUUUUCCCCCAAGGGAAACUGGUGACCACAAACGUAUUUAUAUUCAUUGUUAUUUAUGAAAGAGCAAUCUUAAUAAUACAGUAAUACAAUAAUAAUAGACCCUUUAAGUAUUUUGUUGUAAGCUAUCGGUUUUUUUCACGUUUACCUUUUUAAGGAUCGUUGAUGCCUCCAAAUUUUUUUUUUACAUCUAGAUUUAUUCUAAAUGACUUAAGAUGUCACAUUUUGACAGUUUGACAUUACACUUCUCCAAGUAUUUCUCAUCUCAAUCUUGCGUUUUUAAUGUCUUCUACAAAUACAAAUGAAAACAUUAAGUGCACUCAAAUAAAUAUCUACAUAGUAAAAAGAC